GAAUCUAAAAAACAAAUAAGUUGAUUCAGUAGUGGUUUCCUGAUUGGGAGUCAAAAGUUAAGCAUAAUCAAGUAGGUUUGGGGAAAAUUUGGUUGCUCUGGAAGAAAAAAGUUAAGCUCGUGGUUCUCCAUUCUUCGGAGCAGUUAAUUCAUUUUAUGGCUGGGGAUGCACAACAGUUCUUUGUUACUGUGGUAUAUGCUUCAAAUGAUGAUAUGUCUAGGUUGAUGUUAUAUAAUGAACUGAAAAGGAUUCAAGUGGGUAGUCAACCUUGGAUGGUGUUAGGUGAUUUCAACGAUAUCAGACAUCCUUCGUAAGCAUCAAAUAAUCCUCAGUCUGAUUCUAGUAUGCAUCACUUUAAUCAAUGGAUUGUCGAUGUUGAACUGGUGGAGCAUCAGGCUACAAGUCCUUAGCUCACUUGGCUGAAUAAGCAGGUGGCAAGACCUAUUGCUAAAAGGUUGAUAGGGUAUUAGUAAACUUUGAAUGGAUAGAGAAGAUGAAAGACGGUAAAGCCCAUUUACAGUCUCCUGGUGUAUCUGAUCACUGUCCCAUGUAUGUGAAAACUGAGGCUGCAUUGAAAUCUAUUCCUAAGCCUUUUAAGUUCUUUAGUUUCUGGCUACAUCAUCCUCAGUUUAAUAGUUUAUUAGAGGAGGCUUGGGGUAGUUUGAUAUUCGAGGCAGAGUUAAGGAAAAAGAAAUAGAGUUAAGCUUGAUACAACUGCAAGCAUUAGCAGAUCCUUCAUUAGAAAAUUUUGAGGUUGGGGGUGUUUUGAUGCGUGAGCUAAUUGAUCUGUUAGCUAUUGAGGAUAGCUUCUUGAGACAGAAAUCCAGGGAGACUUGGCUUAAGUCAGGUGAUACUAAUUUUUCUUAUUUCCACCAUUCAGUUAAAUCCAAACAGAAGAGAAGUACUAUUAGAGUUCUCAAGGAUGAAGCAGGGGUUAAAACUCAGGAUGUUGAUCAAAUGGCUCAGAUUGCUGUCAGAUUCUAUGAAAACUUGUUAGGGAAAUCUGAUUCUGAAGUUGAACCUCAGACUGUUGGCUAUUAUGGGAGAUUAUUGAAGAGGAAACUCACAGAGGAACAAACUGAGGGGAUUUGUGCUCUUUUUACUGAAAUGUAGAUAAAUGAAGUCUUGUUUUCAAUAGAUGGUAAUAAGAGCCCGGGUCCAGAUGGAUUCACAACUUCUUUUUUUCCAGUAUGCUAAGCCUACUAUUGGCCACGAGGUAACCCUUGUCAUUCAAUACUGCUUUGAGCAAGAUAGUGUCCCUAGAGCCGUUAAUGCUACUAUUUUGACUUUAAUCCCUAAAGUCCCAAAUCCAUACGAAAUGAAAAAAUUUAGCCCUAUUUCUUGUUGUAACAUACUAUAUAAAUGCAUUUUCAAGUUAAUUGCAAAUAGGCUCAGCUCUCUACUCCCCUCUCUGAUUAGUAAGAACCAAACAACGUUUGUGAAAGGUAGGCUUAUUGGAGAGAACAUACUUUUAGCUUAUGAACUUGUUAGCAAGUAUUCUCGGCAGAAUGUUUCGCCUAGAUGUGCUAUUAAGAUAGAUCUCAUAAAAGCCUUUGAUUCAGUAGACUGGAGAUCUAUUUUCCAGGUUUUCAAAAGUAUGGUUCCCCUGACAGAUUUGUGACAUGGAUUCGAAUGUGUGUUGGUACUCCUAUGCUAAGUGUUUGCUUUAAUGGAGGCCUUCUAGGUUAUUUUCAAGCUAGUAAGGGAUUCAGGCAAGGGGAUCCUCUUUUCCCUUACUUGUUUUCAAUAGCUAUGGAAAUUUUCACCUAUCUUUUGGAUAAGUCUGCUACUACUAGGAUCUUUCCAUUUCAUCCACAGUGCAAGAAGGUUCAAUUAACUAAUGUAUGCUUUGUGGAUGACCUUCUGGUCUUCUCUAAUGCUCCAAACUUUGGAAUUCAAGAGUUACGGAGAGUCAUUAAGCAGCUUAGGAAGAUUUCUGGACUUAAGUCAAAUCCCAGUAAAUGUGAUGUCUUUUUUGGUGGGUUGGAUCAUGAAGAGAGAGUUAGGAGGGCUGCUAGGUAUGGUUAUCAACUUGGGAGUUUCCUUGUACGAUACUUGGGGGUUCCUCUCAUUUCUGGUAAACUUAGUUUAGCAGCCUACAAACCCCUCAUCAAUAAACUAGUCCUUCUCAAAACUGUUGUUUGAUGCACUGCUUAACAGGUUCUUGCAGCACCAACUAAGACCUGGCUGGAGAGGUGAAAUAUCGAUUUGGAUUGACAAAUUAUCUGCUGCUACUGAGGUUGCUGAAAUAGAAAGGAUUUUUUGGCAAUCUUGGGUGAGCCAUAUAUGGCGUGAACGCUGUUGUAUGAUUUAUGUUGGUAUCAAACGGGAUUCCCAUACUUUGUUGAAGGUAAUAAAAUAUGAGGUUGCAAUCAUUGUUGGGAGUCAAAUAGUUCUGCCUUUCUGGGAUUCUUGAGUCUUCUAGUAUGUUUCUAAGAUGAGGUAGUAUGUUAUUGUAUUAUGGGAUUCUUCAGUUUUAUGUUCUGAUUGCAUGGUUCUUUAAAUGGUAGGCAACAUGUUGUUUUCUGCCUAGUGCAUGCCUGGCUAGCAAGGCUGUUGCUAGCAACAUUUUUUGGAUGAAUAUAUAACCCACCGAUUCAUAAAAAAAAUUUGUACUACUUAAUAAAAGUCAGGUUCUAGCCCAAGGCUUACUAUCGAUGUAGCAUGAUUCGGGCCCAAAUGUACACAUUUUACCCCUCAUUUAUUAUUUGUUUAGCUUAGUAUUUCAUCGUUCCUCGACAUAUUUCACGCUAGGUUGUGUUUGUUUUGAUACAUUUCAGGUUCUAGCACGUGUAGAGGUUCGUGGUCGAAUUUUGGGAUAAUUGAAGGUCAAAAAGUGCAAAGACCGAAGAAAAGUCCGAAGUUGUGACAAUUUCCUCGUAACAGUUAAGUGACGGCGUGUCAGGAUACAGUCGCAGCUCACGGCUGGACGAGGCAGUUCACGGUCUCCCAAGACCGUGAACUUCGACCACAAACCGUGAACAUCAAGGCGUCCAGGGAGGUUCCUGAAGUUACUGACGACAAGGCAGUUCACGGUUUCUAAGACCGUGAACUAUGGCCAUUGACCGUGAACCCAGGAAGCAAGGUUGUGCGUUUUGGAGACGACCGAGUUCACGGACGCGUUUAGGUGUUCACGACCGUGAACUGGCCAACGCGUCCGUGAACUGAUCGCUUUCGGGCAAAUAUGAAGACAACAGCGGGGAGAGAGAAAGGAGAGCUGGUUUUUGGAGAAGAAUUGGUUUCGUUCUCUAGGGUUUGCCCAAAAACACCAAAGGGGAGUUCUAGAGAGAGAGAGAGUGCUAGAGUGAUCUUGAAGCAUCAUUGGAGGUUUGGAUGGAGAUUCAAGCCUAGAAGAAGAAGAUCUCGAGCUCAAACUUGUAAUCCCUCUCUCUCUCUCUCUCUCUCUCUAGAAACUCACUCUUUUCUCUUGGGUUUUGUAGAUCCCUAACUAAUGCUUUGUAAUUACUUGUAUAGAUUGAAUGAUUGUUUAUGGGUAUUGUUUAAUCUAAUGAUUGAGGUAUUAUUCAUGUUUAUUGUGCAUGCUUGUGCUUAGCAAUCCAAGGGUUGUGCAUGUUUUGUGCUUAGCAUCCUUAGAUUUGUGCAUGUUGGUGCUUUGCAAUCUAAUUAGCCACUUUAACCUAGCUUAGAGAGGAAAAUCCCCCUUCCAAGGGAGACGCAAUCGAGUUGGUUUUCCUUUAGCUUUGUAAGCCACCUAACUAGGUUAAUUUAGGGCAAACCUCAAUGUUGAAUUAAGCAAAUUGGUUAAG